AUGGACAUCUUGUACGAGAUUUCUACUCUCCUCAACACUGGCUUGAACAAGGAGUCUCUAGAGGCGCUGGUCGGUCUUUGCGAGCUGGGCGUGAACCCAGAGGCCUUGGCCGCCGCAGUGAAGGACCUCCGUGCGGAGGCGGCGCGGCUUCGUGGUGAGGCUGAGGCUCAGGAGCCCCGAACGGAGCCCUGA